GAUUUCGCCAAAACUAAAAAAGAAAUGUUCUUCUACUUAUAGUAUUUUCUUACAAGACCAAAUCCAAUUCAAACUCCAAACUCUCAACUUAAACUCCAAACUCUCAGGAGGGUGAUGAGGGCAUUAUCAUCAUUAUCCUUGUACACUGCUAGUAGCAGGUUGCCAACCCAAUAUACUAAUUUACGAUUUUGCCACAACCCGACCAAACAUCUCUCUCUAAAAGCCCCAUUUUUUAAUCACCCACUUGUCAAAAACUACUCUUUCCAUCUGAAUUUUCAUCAUCAUGAGAAAUCCACAAGCAAAAACACUUCCUCUUACCCUUUAAGGUGUUGUUUGAUCAAAGCCUCAUCAAUGGCAUCAUCAACUGAGACAGAGACCAAACCCUUCUCUGUUCUUUUUGUUUGCUUAGGUAACAUUUGUAGAAGCCCAGCUGCUGAGGGUGUCUUUAGAGACAUUGUCAAGAAGAGAAGUCUUGACUCCAAGUUCAAUAUCGACUCUGCUGGCACCAUUAAUUACCAUGAGGGCAAUCCAGCAGAUCCAAGAAUGAGGGCUGCUUCUAAGAGGCGUGGGAUUGAGAUAACAUCCAUAUCAAGGCCAAUUCGACCUUCUGAUUUUAGGGAUUUUGAUAUCAUUCUUGCAAUGGACAAGCAAAAUAGAGAGGAUAUUCUUGAGGCUUUUAAUAGGUGGAAAGUUAGAGACUCGCUGCCUGAUGAUGCACACGAGAAGGUUAAAUUAAUGUGCUCCUACUGCAAGAAGCAUGAUGAGACUGAAGUUCCAGAUCCUUACUAUGGUGGACCACAGGGCUUUGAGAAGACCAUGCAGCACUACCACUGAAAGAAAUAGCUUAGUCAUCUAUGCUUCACUUAUCAAACAAAUUCGCCUACCUAUGUCGUUCAUUCUCUGAAAUAAGAGGUAGAUUCCACUCCAGACUUCAUAUUAAGUUCUAGUACAGCCUUAUAAUACAUUAUACAACUCUGUUUACUUCUUUGACUUGCCACUUCUUCUGCAAUUUCCUUCAAAUUGUGACCAUCUAGACCAAAUUGCUUUCUACCAAAUAUUUUCAACUUGUAUACUCUCCCUCUUAUUUUGUACCAUAGGACUUGAGAUGACAUGCUAUUAUAAACAGUAUCUAUCAAGACUGAUUUCUAUAAUUUAUUGAUCGU